AUCUUGCCAUUAUUUGUUUUAAAUUUCACUCAUUUAAUGUUGUAGAUGGAAGAGUGUCCCACAUAAGACGCAAGAGUGUCCCAUAUUUUGAUAUCGCGGAUUUGUAGGUCUGUGAAGUUAAAUACUGCUAUUUUUACCAUCCAAUUGGAGUUAAGCCGGAUUCUUUUGGUUUCUUUAUGGACCUAUUAAUGUCGUGUAUGCGGUACGCAUCACGGUCUGUGUGGAGAUUGAAUUGAUGAGGUACAGCAUGUUUUUGGGUUACCGUUGACAAGUUCCUUUGCAGGUUUGACUCAGCAUACAUAUCAGCCUGCGAUUUAGAUACAGACUUCUCUCGUCAUUAUGGUUGUUGUAUUGAUAACAGGAGUGUGUGGAAGUGGAAAGACAGACAACCAUGGCUUCUUGCUUUGCACAAAGUUAUUGAAAGAUGGAGCAAACGUUCUGAAUCUGGAGUGCUUGCUUGUUCAGCUCUCAAAGAACAAUACAGACAAACAAUCCUUUUUGGAGCAGAAGCCAGUUCUGACAACCCACCUUAUUGCUCCAAUGGGGACAAGCGGCAAAAACUAUCAAAGCCAUCACCUUUUUAUUGUCUAGUUGUACUACUUCAAGGGUCCAAGGAUGUGGUAAGAGAGAGAAUGGAAAAAAGGCAAGAACACUUUAUGCCAUUAAGUUUACUUGACUCUCAGUUUGAAACACUGGAGGAACCUGUCACUUGUGAUGAGUACUCUGCUCUUCACGUCUCAGUUGAUCAAACCGUGGAAGAAAUAAUUAAUGAUAUUUUAAGAACUUUGAAGGCUAAAUGUGGUGUAAAAGUAUCAAUACACAGUACUGUAUAAGUCAAAAUUAGAAAAUUUUUAUUAAUUUUUGUAACAAAAUAAAUUUUGUAAAAUGUAUUGAAGUAGUUAGAUUUCAGAAAGAGAUGAGCUUUAAAUUUUAAUUUUUAACUCAACAAUUUAAAAAAUAUUUUGGACAUAUCCCAUUAAUACCUUUAUUCCAAAAUCAACAAAUUUUAUUAUUGUUUUAUAUUUAUGCUUAUUAGCCAUCUUUGCCAUGAUAAGGAUCUUUUGAAUUUGAAACAAGGCAUUCACCGUUAUGUGACAAGAACAUGAAAGGAUAGAUGUAUCUGUCAUCAUCUUGAGAUAAGGUGUACUUACAACACUGUUCCCCAGAGAAGAAUCACAGGGUGCAUGAUGGCUCCAGUCUCCCAAAUCUUGGUUUGCAAGUGCUUUACAGCUUUCAUAAAUGCAAAUUUAUACAAGUUUCCCAGAUGCAAAAGAUAGUUGUCUGUCACAAUGGGGGUCUGCCAGAGUGCAGUCUUUGUUCCAUGUUUAUUUUUUAAAUUUAGAAUCAGGCAAUUUUUCCCAAAAAAUUAUAUACAUAUUACAUAAAUCCAAUUGAUUGCAGUAAUGUUGUCAUAGAAAAAAGCAAAAAGAAAAAAGUGAAAUAGGAACUAGCUACAUUAAUUGGCAUAGAGUUUUGCUGUGACAAUGUGCCUGGGAGCUGGACAGUUCUCAUAGAAUUUCUACUAAAAAAUUUGUGGUCAAACUUCUUGAGGGUAUGAGAUAUUUGUUGACUAUAAUGGCAAGCGAUCCUAAUAAUUAUGUAAAUUUUGUAGUUGACAAAAUAUCUGAACUUGGGCUUACCAUCAAAUCACUGUCAUAGUGACACUUCAAAUGUUUUAUUUUCUUUGUGUACACAAGCAUGAAAAAUUAAUCCACUUAAGGUGGCUGAACACAGUUUUUGUGCGCGCUUUUGGUGAUGCAAUUCAGUAUGCGCACAGGGAUUGCAAAAAACAAACAUGCCGUCAGUAGCGCAGUCAUUUUAUUUACUCAACAUGUACCUGCACUAUCUGUGC